UCUUUGGUGGUCGGUAUAGGUCUUCCGACAAACAAGUUCGCCAUGGAGAGAUCUUCCGAAGCUGCGAGCAAGCGGCCCUUGCUGGAGGAUGACGCACAGGAGACAAGCUCCGCGCCUCGAGCCAGACCAGGCCAAUCCAGCAACGAUGACGAGAGCUACUCACUUUUGCAGGACGGUGCCCCGGAGCGAAGUCCUCAAGGAGGAGAGUCGGGCGGGGUGCUGGAACUGCUACGAGAGGAGACCCGGCCGGAGGGACGGAUAGAGAGGGGCCCCGAGCGCCGGGAGAAGGAGUCGGUGAUCAUCGAGAUGCAGAGCAUGGACCUGGAGGACCAGUCCAGGGAGCCCCUGCCAGUGGUCUCCGCUGGGUCCUCCAAUCCUGCACGGCAGGGUGAUGACAGGAACUGCUUCAUUUGCUUGCAGGACAGCGACAAAGACAAUCCGCUAGUCUCAUGCUGCUCCACUUGCUACGCUCGUACACACAGACGAUGUUGGCGAGAGUGGCGCAAUAACCAACACCGAACCGCGUUGCGAUCCCAUUUGCUCGGGCUUCGAAUGCAAACCAGCCACAUGCUCCGGUGCACCAUCUGCAAAUCCGGGACGGCCCUCGUGGAAGGGGAAGAGAACGGCCUGUCCUGGAUGAACGAGCUGAUGUGCGGAGGGGAGCCGAGCGAAAACAGCCUGCUGGGCCGGCUCGUGGCGCUGGGGAAUCGCCGGGAGGACUCGGAUGAGGAUCCCGAGGCGCAGCUGGAGGAUUUAAUCGACACGCGCACAUGUGUUGCGCUGGUCAUCUACUUGGGUGUGCUCAGCAUCGCCAUCGUCGUCGCUUGUGUGCUGAUCGUCACUCAGGGGUUCUGGGCGGGCGACGUGGUGCUGUGCUGCAUCAUCGCCCUGUACCAGCUCUCAGUUCUUCAGCUUGUGCUGCUGGCCAUUCUUCGGCGGCGGGACACGGCCUUGGGCGUCUCACGACAGCCGCCAGCGGAGGAAACCAACGUUCGGGAGAUACAGAUGCAGCUGCGGCCACUAGGAUGAUGAUUUCGUCGCUCCGUCUG